AUGGAUGAUACUGAAAUCAGAAACAGCGUGGAUGAUGUUGAAAUGAAUGAGUCUGAUAAUGAAUGUGUUGGCCAAGAAAGUCGUAUUGGAAGUUCUUAUAUGCCAACUUUUCAAUACUCUCAGCAGAAAAUGAGACAAGGUUUGACCAAGUACAUUUCUUCAAGUGGGCAAGUUUAUUCUUCUGCUCAACAUGCUAGAUUUGAAAAGUUUAUUCAAGAAUAUGUUCAGUCUGAGUAUUCUAGUCUUUGCCUGCACACUAUCAAAAGUGAUUCCCUGAACUACUUCAAUGAUAUGAAAAGAGCACUGAGCAUAAUGGAUAUAUUUAGGGAAUAUAUGAUUGAUGAUAAGGUCUUCAACAUUAUUUUUGAUGAUGUUACUGGGAGUGAUGCCAUCAUUGACAUGUUUAAAAACACUUUGCAACCUCCUUGUGGAGGUCAAUUUUCUUAUAUGAGAUGUUUAUGCCAUAUGGUCAAUUCAAUGGUGCAAGAAGGCUUGAAAUUGAUGGAAGCUCAUAUAGAGAAAAUUAGGGGUGCUAUUCUUAACAUUGCUUCCUCUUCUGCUAGGCAACAAGAAUUUUCUGCUUUAUGUGAGUCUCGAGGUCUGAAAUAUAGAGAGCUGAAACCUGAUUUCAAGGAUCAUUGGAACUCUACUUUUCUCAUGUUAGCAUCUUGUGUCAACUACAAUGCUGCAAUCAGUGAACUUUACAAUGGCAAACAUGAUGGUAGCAAUCUUUUAUGUGAAAGUGAUUGGGAAAUUAGUUUUCUUUUUAUGAACUUUCUCAAAGUAUUUUGCUCCGUGGCACUCUCAAAUUCGAAGGUUUAUUUGCCCACAUCUUCUGGUGGUCUUUUUAUUUUGAGAUAUAUUAGCAAGUGUUUUGACAAACACAGAGGUCAUUCAAUUCCAAAAUUUACAGCAAUUUAUGAAAAAAUGGAGUCGAAAUUCAAAAGUUAUUGCGAGUGCAUGUUACCGAGUUACUGUUUAGCUGCAGCAAUGGACCCUAGAUUUAACGGACAAGGUCUAGAUUUCUUAGUUAAAGACAUUUCUGAAUACUUGAGCAUGCCAUUGUUGAAUAUGGAUACAAAAGCUAUUGAAGCUAGGUUACAUGACCUCUACAAAGGUUAUGAAUCCAAAUUUGCAGAAAAAGAAAAACCCACCUCUGAUCGAAUCCCAAAACGAAAGAGAUUUAAUGACGGCGAUGAAAGUGCUGUCGAAAAGUUUCUAGAAUGGAGGAGACAGAAGGAAAUAAAGACCUAUGGGCCAACUGAGCUUCAUAAAUACUUGGGAGUUAACUAUACAGCCUAUAUGACCAAUGAAGAGUUUCAGAAUUUUGAUGUUUUAGCUUGGUGGAAAGACAAUGCACUGUCAUUUCCUGUGCUUUCAAAAAUGGCAUGUGAUCUACUAACUGUUGCGGUGUCUGCAAUAGCACCGGAGUUUGUGUUCAGUAGUACUUCAGGUAACCAGGUCCUGGACUAUAAGAGGAGCAUGGAACCUUCAGAAAUGUUGGACCGCCUUUUCUGCAAGCAGGAUCGAGAAGAUGCAUGA